AUGAGCGGUAGCGAAGCCAGUCGUGGCAGAGACUCUCGCGGGUGGUUGUAUGAUAGCAUGGCGGCGCAGCUAGCUCAUCAUCUAGGUUUGCACCUGGAUGUUGAGCACUAUGUUCGGUCGAAUGACAUGUCCAGGCAGGAAGCUAAUGUGCGCAGCACUGCGUUCUGGGGUACAUAUGUAAUCGAUACUGCGUGGAGCUAUUAUCUCGGACGAUUGACAAUGCCAGUCGCUGAUGUGAAUCGAAUCCCUGUCCAGUCGCCGGCAGAGAGCCAGAUUACUCAGUACUGGGAGGAAUACACAGACGAGUCUGUAGAUCUGAAGCGGCCGCCGCAGCGCUUUGUUGAUCCACUGGCUUUGAUGUGGGAACACCAGUUGAAACUGUGCUAUAUCAUGGAACGCCUGCAGAAGACAUUGUAA